AUGGCUGCGAGAAUUCUCUCACUCUUCACCAUCCUCUGUUGCUUCGCCUCCUCCCAUGGAGCGAGGCGGCUAGCCUUCUUUCCCUUCCCCUCUCCUCCUAUUCCCUUCCUGCCGUCGCCGCCCAACGUCGGUGGGGUCCCGCUGCCUCCCAACCCGCUGGUCCCGCCGCCGUCGCUGCUGCCGCCGAAUCCGCUUCAGCCGCCGCCACCGUCGGUCUUCCCUCCGAAUCCUCUGCAGCCGCCUGCGCCGCCGUCGAUCAACUUUCCUCCUAUUCCAUUUCUGGCGCCUCCGCCGCCACCACCGCCGGCGUUCCUGUUUCCUCCUGCGCCGUUGGUCCCGGUUCCUCGGGUCCCCGGCGUGCCGCCGGCCUCCUCCGGAGAGAAGAACGCCUCGCCGUGA